AUGGAGAGUGGAGCAGGGAAGCAUUGGACUGAGGAGGAGGUUAAAGCCUUGUUAAGCGUCUGGUCAGAAAAAAAUAUCAGAAAGCAACUCCACGGCACCCUGAGGAAUAAAGGAAUAUUUAUCUACAUUGCUAAACGGUUGCAGGAGUUAGGAGUUUGCAGAGAUUGGAAACAGUGCCGUGCAAAGUACAAAAAUCUGAAGUACGAAUACAGAACGGUUAAAUAUGCCCACAACUCUGGGGAUGUCACUAAAACCAUGAAGUUUUUCCAUGAUCUGGAUGCCAUAUUGCGAUAUGAACCUGUCACACAAUUAGCAGCAGAAGAAAACGGCAGGUGUUCUGCGACUGAGAAGCAGCUGAACACAAGCCCCACAACAGAGAGCACGCAAGAAAUCAUUGAAGAUGAGGGGGACUUUGCCAACUCCAGCCCGGCAGCUCUGGAAGCUACACAAAUAAAGAAGGAGACGAUUGACAUAGAUGAUGAUUCUGUGAGCACUACCUCAGAAGACAGAUCUUGUACGCCAGUAGCAAAACGGGUGGUCGGGACAGACAAUCACAUUCCCUUGGAAGAAGCACAAAAUCACUUUAAAGUUAUUACAGUUAAUGAUACUGGAGCAGGAAAACACUGGAGUGAUAAUGAAGUCAGAGCUCUAAUAAACAUAUGGUCAGAUGAAAAGAUACAACAAAUGCUUGAAGGGGCCACAAGAAAUAAAGAAAUAUUUGAGGAAAUUGCGAGAAGGUUAAUGAAACGUGGUAUAGACAGAGACUGGAAACAAUGUCGCACAAAGUACAAGAACCUAAAAUAUGAAUACCGCGCACUGCAGAAGGAAAAUGAGCAUCUUGUGGGAGAUGUUACAGCAAACACAGGAUCCUUGAGUAUCAAGAGAAAAACAUGGAAUGAUGAGGUGUCACCUGUUCCACUUAAGAAAAGUGCUUCUGAAAACACCAUUCUCCACUUCCAACAACUAUUAACAGAGAGAGUGCACACAGUAACAGAAGGCAAAAAGUUACUGUUAGAAAGGCUUUGUAAGCAGGAAGAAAUGCAAGACCUCAACAGAACACAGCUGUAUGCUGAUCCAUCAGCCAUACAACAG